AUGGUUGCCACGUACUUUCCGGCUCUCUUCUCCAAGAUCGCCGCUCUGGCGCUGCUCUCACAGUUCACGGAUUCUACCAAUGAACUAGAGGCUGUACGGUAUAUGCAAUGCAAAAGUACGGAACUCACGUCCGGCAAGCCGGCAGGGUAAGUUUUUCGGGUUUUUGAAGGUUUAUUUUUUAUUUUAGGAGUUUAUUUGGUGUUUACACAGAGUUUGGUAGAUUUAUCGAUAUUUUUGUUAUGCCACGUUUUUAUCUUUGUUUUAUGACAUUUUAGAGUAUUCAAAAAGGUCUCUUCCGAGUACAAAUUGCUGCAGCUGUACCCGGUGAACACGGCUCUCGACUCCAUCGUCUUUAAUGGUUUGCGCACUGUUGAUGAGUAAGUUAAUUUUUCUCCGAUGAUAGUGUUCCACCUUUUGUUAUGAAUAUUGUGUGUUAAACUAGGGACACAUAUUUUGUUUUUAGUAAAACCCAGCUCAUUGGGCUGUCGCUGUUAAAGCUGAAACCAGGCGAAUCCAAGGUGUUGAAAACCAAUGUGCAUGCCGAGGAACCUCAAUUCGGUGUCGCCGAUGGUCACAUCUUUUACCAAGAUUGCCAAAAAACCAAGGACAUAAAUCACUUUGACAUGACCAAUGUAGGCCAAGAAGUCAGUAUGACCAAUGAAGGUCUGACCAUCUGUGGCAAACCAGAGUUCGGCCUGACUAAUGAUGGACUUGUGUGGACGAAGGCUGAGGGAUGUUGGAAAUUGGAUGGGAACGACCUGAAGCCUUCGGGUUGUUCAGACGUCACCGAGCUGGUCUUCACAGUGGUAGGUUUUUACUUUGUAUUUUUAAGCUUUUAUUAUAUUCUUCAACAGGUUUUGUGGAUUUUAGUUGUUUUUUCAUUUAAAAACUAGUUUUAAUUUACAUUUUUUGAAAAUUCAAUAGAAAUUUUAUUGAAAUCUAAUUGAAAUUUUGAUUUUUAAUGUUUCAGGAAGCAUUGGUGAACAUGGAUCCCACGAUCUCCCAAGAUGUGGACCAGUCCGACUUGAAGACGCUGCUGAUCUUGGUUCACAGCCAGUAAGUUGGUUAAGUUUGAUUUUUGAAAAACUUUUUGUCAUUUUUACUUAUUUUUUAUCUUUUUCAUUUUUACUUUAAUUUUUGAAAACUAAGCUUAUUUUUCAGGCUUGCUCCACAGACCACCACCACUAUCACCACCACCCUGAUGGAUGACACCACUACUUUGGAUGAUACUGAAGAUACAUUCAGUACAAAUACGACCAGGCCUCCUUACACGGGCGAGUAAGUUGAUUUUUUAAUUUUUGUGUUUUUUGAAGAUUUUGUUAAAAAUUUUGAUUUUUGAAGUUUUUGAAAAUUUAAAAAAUUGAAACGAUCAAAAUUUGCAUAGACUUUAGGCUUCAAACAUAGUUUUGUAUUUUAAUUUUUUUAAAAUUUUUUUUAAAUUUUUUGAUUGCCUGCUCGACAAGGUUGGCUGGGCCGUCAGUUGCAUAACGAUCAUCGUUAUCACUUUCUUAACGUUUGUUUUCGGUUUCUAUCUUACCGACUGUUGCAAACACUUGCCGAGGCGACUCCCACUGCCUGAUGAAUAUCGCAAGAGGUCCUCGUCUACUUCCUCAAACAGCAGCACUUCCUCAUUCACCGGCAAUUCGUCAGGCACCAGCACUCCCUCAGGCACCAACAAUGACCCCGUCUCCAAGAUCAACAGCAACGCCGGCAAUUCCUCAGGCACCAGCAAAGACCACGCCUCCAAGAUCAGCAACGCCAGCAAUUCCUCAGUCAACAGCCCCAGCAAUUCAAGUCUGGCACGGGAAAGAGCAGAAAGUCGUCCGGAUCUUCCGGAACAUCGACCAAAACUGGCAGCUCGAACAAGCGCGGCAAGCCCAAGAAGGCCACACCAAAAGAGGAUGA